UUGCCUUGCGAAGACGAUGCGAGCAGCAGCCAUCCCCAUGCCAAGGUUAGACAAAAUGCCAGGAAUGUUCUUCUCUGCCAAUCCAAAGGACUUGAAAGGAACUGAUCACUCACUUCUAGACGACACGCCACAAAAAAGGAGGCCAAAGACUUUUGGAAUGGAUGUGAAAGCAUACUUGAGAUCUAUGAUCCCACAUCUGGAAUCUGGAAUGAAACCUUCCAAGUCUAAGGACAUACUCUCUGCUGAUGAAGUAAUGCAAUGGUCUCAGUCUCUGGAAAAACUUCUUGCCAACCAAACUGGUCAAGAUGUCUUUGGAAAUUUCCUCAAGUCUGAGUUCAGUGAGGAGAAUAUUGAAUUCUGGCUGGCUUGUGAAGACUAUAAAAAGACAGAGUCUGAUCUUUUGCACUGCAAAGCAGAGAAAAUAUAUAAAGCAUUUGUGCAUUCAGAUGCUGCUAAACAAAUCAAUAUUGACUUUCGAACUCGAGAAUCUACAGCCAAGAAGAUUAAAGCGCCAACCCACACGUGUUUUGAUGAAGCCCAAAAAGUCAUAUAUACUCUGAUGGAAAGGGACUCCUAUCCCAGGUUCCUCAAAUCAAAUAUAUACUUAAAUCUUCUGAACGACCUUCAGGCUAAUAGUCUAAAGUGACCGGUUCCUGCCUGGAGAGAAUUAAAGAUGGUAUCAAGAACAGAAAGAAUGUGCCAGUAUGGCUCCCUGGGUGAACAUCUUGACCUUUUGAGAGACUGAACAGUCCCAGGGGAAGAACAAAUGACUCAGAAUGGAUUAACAUGGAAGUUAUUCGGGUGCAGGGUUGAAGAAGAGCAAGAUGAAAAUUGAGAGACAGUAGAAGGAAGGAGAGACUAUGGUACUGUCAUAGAACACAGUGGACCUAUGUAUUAGAUAAUCCCUCAGAACUGAGAAGGCCGGGUAACUCCAGUUACACAGAAACUGUGAAUACAGGUUUUGAAACUGAUUAAAAUAUGCUAUAAGCUUCAAGGUCAACUGACAUUUAUGCUGCAUAUUAUUAUAUAGACAUGGUAUUGAGCUGCUGAAAUCUUUCACUUGGAUGACCAUUUGAAAAGUAUGUAUUUCGAAACCACCCUUGCUAUUAUUGACACAAAGUUUUUUGGUGUUGUUUUGCUUGUUGAAUUGUUUUUGGCUUGAAAGAAAUGAAGGAGA